AUGAUUGUCACCUACAAGGUCAAGGGUUCAAACCCUCUACUGGCCACCACCAAAAUAAAAAGUUCAAGAUGCAAAAUGCAAGUUCUGGAUCUACGGAAUGUUCAUCGGAACUUCUGGAGCCUGUGGUCUGGAGCCGAGGCUGGUGCGUGCUCACCAUGGGCCAUGAACGAGACGCAAUCAGUGGAGGACUUUCCAGGCACAGGGGGGAAGCGGCCACUGAAGGUGUUAGUGGACCUUUGCCUCAAGGAAACAGCCCUGGAUGAAUUCCACACCUGCCUCUUACUGUGGGUCAAGCAGAGACAAGGUUUAUUACGGCUUUGUUGUCGGAAGCUAGACAUUUCUUCACUGCCCAUCUGUGUUAUCGACGAGGUCCUCCGCAUGGUGGAGCUGGACUGUAUUCAGGAGGUGCGAAUGGACAGAAACUGCGAUCUUCUCAAAUUGGCAAGUUUUGCCCCUUUCCUUGGCAGAAUGAGUAAUCUUCGCAAACUCCUCCUCCACCACGUCUUUGAGAUUCCAAGGAUCUCCCCAGAAGAGAUGAAAGAGAUUAUUGUCAAAAUCGCCUCUCAUUUUGCCAAGCUGCACCAUCUCCAGGAGCUCUAUGUGGAGUCUGCCGUCUUCCUUGAAGUCCACGUGCACGUGCUGCUCAGGUGCCUGAAGACCCCCUUCGAGACCCUCUCAAUACACAAUGGCUGGCUCUAUGAAUCAGACAUGAGCCAUCUGUUCCAGUGUCUGAGCAUCAGUCAGCUAAAGCACCUGGACCUGAGGGGCAUCUGCCUGAUACAUGUAAGCCCUGAGUCCCUCCGAGUUUUGGUAGAGAGUGUUGCAGUCACCCUCCAGACCCUGGACUUACAGGACUGUUGGAUGACAAACCCUCAACUCAAUGCCAUCCUGCCUGCCCUGAGCCACUGCUCCCAGCUCAGGGCCUUCAGCUUCUAUGGGAACUAUUUCUCCAUGGCUGCCCUGAAGGACCUGCUGCGCCAUACAGCGAACUUGGCCAAUUUAAGCCUCGAGAUGUAUCCUGCGCCUCUGGAGAGUUAUGACCCCGAUGGUGAUUUCCAGUGGGGCACAUUUGUCCAGCUUCGUGCAGAGCUGAUGGUGAUACUGAGGGUCUUCAGGCAGCCCAAGUUGAUCUGGUUCAGUAGCUAUCCCUGUGUUCGCUGUACAAAGUGGCAGUCCUGUCACUGGGAGGGCACCAGUUGCUACUGUUCCUUGCCUGUCUAG